CAUUCAGACUGGCUAGUAUCGAGUGUCCGCUGACGCUGCAACACCCUUUUCAUUCUUUCGACUUGCAUGGAAAUUAAAUACAACUUGAUAUAUAUUAUAUUUCCAGAGUUUUACACAAUUAUCGUCUGUAUUUAACAAACCUACGUCAAAACUAAACGGAAAUUCAAGAUUAUUUUGAAAAAUGAAUAGGAUCUUCGAUCAAAUGAUGACUCCUUGAAUCAAAAUCAUGGGAGAAAUAACAUUGGCGUUGGUGGUGAUUGUCAUAUCUCUCGUUCUCUACCGAUUCAUAUGGCUUGUAAGAAGAGUAAAAUACUGGAAAUCGAAGAACGUGGGUUAUUCUAAAGCUGAAAAUUUUAGUGGUGGUCUUCUAUCGUUAAUUCAGAAAACACCUUUGUACGACAGAUGGUAUAUCCUCUACAGCGAUUACCCAGGCCACAAAUUUGUGGCUGUAGAUAAUAACGAUAAACCACUAUUGUUGGCUAGAGACGCAGAAUUUGUACAAAAAAUCAUGAUUAAAGAUUUCCAAUAUUUUGUGGACCAUGACAAACCCAAUGCAGACGAAGGAUCAUUGUUUAGUUUGGGUUUGUUUGGUCUUACUGGUAAUGAAUGGAGAGGGUUUCGGGCAAAAAUUUCACCGACUUUUACCUCCGGAAAGCUAAAGUCUAUGUUUGACCAGUUGGAGGCGUGCAGCGACGCUAUGUUGAAAAGCGUAGAAAAAUCGUACGAAAUGCCCGAUUACGAUGUCAGGGACGAUGUCAUGUCGUACGCGAUGGACGUGACGGCAUCCGCCAUAUUUGGAAUCGAAUUUCGGGACGAAGAACUAAGGGCUAAAUACAAAAAAACGUCUUCGGAUUUGUUCAAAGCAUCGACUUUGAGAAUGCUAUGUUUUGCCAUUCAUGCACAAUUUCCCAGACUCGCUAAAUUCCUUGGCUUGAAGACGUUUGACCAAGAAAAGGAUGAUUUUUUCAAAAACAUUAUAAAACAAACAUUCGAUCAGAGAAAAGCGAACAACGUAAAUCGAAACGACUACGUUCAGCUUCUUUUAAACUUAAAAGAAUUUGGAAAAUUAGAGGUAAAAGUACGGGACCCAGACGAUGAUUAUUUAAAAAUCGACGAUCUUCACGUAGAAAACGUAGAAGUUACAGAUGAAAUCCUGGCCGCUCAGGCAUUCCAAUUCCUUACAGGCGGUUUUGAACCGAUUUACAACGCAAUGUUACUUUUUCUAAUAGAAGUAGCUCAAUACGAAGACAUUCAGAAUAAACUGCGAAAAGAAAUACAAGAAGUCAAAACAAAACAUGAUGGGUACAAUUACAAGUCAGUCCGAGAAAUGGUAUACUUAGAACAGUGCAUACAUGAAACACUCAGAAAAUACCCAAUAAUUCCUUUCUUAAUGAGGUACUGCGUCAAGGAUUACAUGGUAAAUAGUGAUUUUACAAUAGAAAAAGGUACGUUGGUCGUCGUGUCAACCAGAGGAAUUCAGAAUGACCCGGCUUACUUUCCAAAUCCGGAAAAAUUCGAUCCAGAAAGAUUCAGCGCAAAUGGACCAAUUAAAAAUAUUGCAUAUUUACCCUUUGGAGCUGGUCCUCGAGUUUGCAUCGGAAUGAGGUUUGCCAUAAUGGAAAUGAAACUUGGGUUGGCGAAAAUAAUAGAAAAUUUCUCCAUAAAACUAGGGGACAAAGCAAAAUUCCCUGUGGAAUUUAAUAAAAGAAGCUUUUUUUUGUCAGCACCUCAUGGCUACUUAAAAAUGACAAAGAUUAAAUGACAAAUAAUGUAACAUACAUUUAUAAAGGAUAAAAUGUUUUUAAUCAUAACAUAACAAACCGUUUCGAAAAUCGUAUAAAAUUAAUUAUUACGUAUGUGGAUGUGCGUGUUUUAUCCGUUUUAAACAUACAGGAAUAUGUAAACUUGUUAUAAUUCUGUGGAACUAUAUAUUAGUCAUAAUGAAAUAACUUAUGUUUAACUAGUUAAUCAAUAAAAUAAAA